CGCUGCCCGCUGCUGUCCGCCGCAUCGCCGGCGCGUCUUCUGCCUCCACGGACCGGCCCGGCUUCGCUCCGGGCACAGCCGCAGGGGUGGAUACUCCGCCGAUAGACCCGUCGCACGCGAGGUCCGCUGCAUACUACAGCUCCAAGAUCGCGGGGCACCGAGGCAUGUUCUGCUAUCAUUGCCCGCCGUCGCUGCACCCUUCGAGCGCGCCACGGCUGCCAACCCUAGAUUACCCCUUCACGCCGACGCAUCCCUACACGAGCUACUCCUACCACCCCGCCAUCCACGAUGAUACGUUCGUCCGCCGCAAGCAGCGACGCAACAGGACCACCUUCACCUUGCAACAGCUGGAGGAACUGGAGAGCGCGUUCGCGCAGACGCACUACCCGGACGUCUUCACCCGCGAGGACCUCGCCAUGAAGAUCAACCUCACGGAGGCCCGAGUGCAGGUGUGGUUCCAGAACCGGCGCGCCAAGUGGAGGAAGGCGGAGCGCCUCAAGGAGGAACAGCGCAAGCGAGAGGAGCAGGAGAGGGGCAAGAGGGACCCCGACAAGGACGCCCUCGACGUCGACAAGGUGGAGUCCCGUGAGGGAGCGAGCCCUGUAGAGGACAUGGAGGCGGCGUCGACGUCUGCGCCAGUGGUGCACGCGGACACGAGCCGGUCGCCGCUGAGCUGCAGCGACGCUGGCGACGCCGACGUCGGCGCGUCAGGCGCUCCCGGCUCCGCGUCCGCUUCCGCCCCCGCGCCGGCGCAGCAGACGGAGGCGCCGCCCCCGCUGCCUCCCCUGCUGGCGGAGGCGUCAGCGGCGGGGGCGGCGGCGGGCGCAGAGGCCAACUCGCUGCCCGCGUCCUACAGUCCCAGCGUGUCGGCGCCCUCUUCGCCGGGGGCGGGCUCCGCCUCCGGAGCCGCGGCCGCCGCCGCCGCCUCCCUACGGCCCGCCGUGCUGCCCGCCUUCGGACACCACCUGUUCCCCGGCUUCUCGGACGCGUGA